AUGGCUACGACGCCAAGCGGUAAGAUGGACCGAAGGCGCGCUGGUUCGAAUUACUUUCAGCUGGAUGCAGACCGCAAGCGCAACACGUCGACUAAUCGUAGCCAUUUGAACCAUGGUGAUACUCGUGGUACAUUUGGUGAUCGUCUUAGUAUGAUGGAGGUACUACCACCUAAUACUCAAGGAGGUAAUCAAAUGCGUGGUGGUGGUCUUGAAGGAGACUUUGCGGAUGAAGUGUCGGUGGACUUUUGCUGUGAGGUGCUCUACAAUAAGUUUGGUUUCCAGUCUGGUUCAGUGGAUAACCAGCGAGAACACGUGUUGCUACUAUUGGCUAAUUCCAAGGCACGGGCUAAGCCUCAGGAUCCUCCUGGUCAUCACAUUGUGACACUUCAUAAGAAGCUCUUGGGUAAUUAUACGGAGUGGUGCCAAUUCCUAGGCGUCUCUAGUAUCACGUACACGGCUCAGCCCCAAGGUGAUUUGAAGAGUUCUUUGCACAUGGACAUUUUGCUCUUUCUAUUGCUUUGGGGGAGGCUGAAAGUAUCUGAAGGCUGGUACUUGAGACAGGUGGUUCGACCAAUUUGGAAGGAGGCUAGCAACAUGCAGAGGAAAAACCGUCGAGGUAAAAACUUGGAACACACCCAAGUACGAAACUAUGAUGAUAUUAACGAGUACUUUUGGAAAAAGUACUGUCUUAAUGUUGACAUCACGCAUAUUGGCGACGAGUUGACAAAGAAACACACCAAGACGUAUUACGAACAUCGCAGUAUAUUCACACUUGUGUUGAAUUACUACCGAAUCUUCCAGUUCAAUAUGAUGUUUAUGAUGGUGCUUAUGGCAAUUGGCUUCAUCACAGCCAUUUCACCUAGUGGUGGGCAGCAGUGGUUUGCUCAGUUUGAAUCCAUGGGCGAAGUGGUUGCGCCCUACAAGCAGCAGGAUGUCAAGCUCACGUACGUGGGCAUUGUGUUUGCACUUUCGUCAUUGGGAUUUUGCAAGACUGUUCUUGAAGCGUGCCAUGGCUGGCACUUGCUGACUGCUAGUGAGUCAUCCGAAACAUCAUCACGUUCAUUCAAUUACGGUGGUGCGCUGGUGGUUCGCAUGCUCUGGAAUGGCGCAUUUGCAGGCAUCUUUGGUUUGAUGAUUUAUACCCCACUGAUCACGAAUAGUAACACUGAGCUGCUGGAUAAGGCUGCGCAGGCGGCUGGUAUCUACAUUUUGCCGGGUGCGCUGAUCAUUGUCGUGCAAGCGUUUUCACCGUCGAUGGUUACCAAUAGCUUUGCAGCCAAGUUCAUUCGUGAGGGAGAAAGCUGCUAUGUUGGUCGCAACAUGGCGCCUCCCUUGAGCUACCAGAUGAAGUACAUUACCUUUUGGGUUAUUCUGUGGUCACUGAAGGCGUUUGUGUCAUAUUUCAUUCUGGUCCGUCCAUUGGUGCUUCCGUCGUUGGCCAUUUACGAGAUGGAACUUGAGUACGGUAGCAAUGUGGUGUCUUUCCAUAACUUUGGUGUCAUUGCUGCGUUGUGGUUGCCAGUAAUUUUUAUCUUCAACUACGACACUCAGAUUUACUUUACCGUGUUUCAAGCUUCGCUUGGUGGUAUACAAGGUCUAAUCAUGAAGACCGGUGAAAUUCACGGCAUUAAGGAUAUCACGAAGGCUUUUCGUGUGGCUCCUCAGCUCUUUGAUCAAAAGGUAGUAACAAACCUCGCUCGCUCAAACGAUGCUGCUGCCGACGGCUCUGCUGCUGCGUACCAGUCACAGAUGAUGCUGCGUUUUGUGGUUGUUUGGAAUGAGAUUGUGAACUCGUUCCGUGAGGGAGACCUAGUAGAUGAUAAAGAAGCUGCCAUUCUGCAGUACGAUAUCCAGAGCUCUGGCGAUGUAUUCGAGCCAGUAUUUCUUUCCGCUGGUAAACUUGUGGAAGCUCUUGAAUACACGGUAAAGCUUGGCAAGGAAGGCAAAGGCGACUCGCAGCUUCAGAUGUACAUGGUACAGAAGGAUUGUUUGUCGGCCGUGCGUAGUUUCUUCACGGCUAGUAUGUACGUGAUGGAAGCUCUUUUGGGUAGUGACGAUGCGGAUAUUCUUGAUGCUCUUCGCCAAAUGGAGAUGAUUGCUGCUAACGGUAGCUUUAUGAGCACAUUUGACGCGAAGAGCCUGGUGCAGCUUCGUACUGUAUCAAUGGAGUUUUUGGAGGCUGUGAUGGAUCUUCCAGACCCUGACGCUCAGUCGCACUUGACUACAUCUAGAGUGCACACUAUGGGCAUUGUUCGCAACUUUGUGACAAAGAUGGAGAACUUGCUGAAUGCCAUUCGUAUCUUUGCAAACCGUCCUGAGCUUGCUGCCAAGUUCAGCAAUUCCAAGUUCUGCUCGAGCGCGAAUGGCUACGUGUUUGCUGCUCGUGGUCUGGUAAACCUGUUUUACAACGACACAGCCAUGGGUGCUGCUACCCGUGCGUACCUACUGAUGUCGCUUGAGAAGGCUGAUGCCAUGCCUCGCGUUCCUGAGGCUCAGCGCCGUCUUGGUUUUUUCAUGAAGUCACUUUUAAUGGACAUUCCACAACUUACGUCGGGUAUGAUGCUUUACGAGGACGCUAUCAAGAUUUUACACUGGCUGGAGAUUGGGUCGAGCCCUGGCAAGUCGGCUGAGCAGAAGCAGGCUCAGCUGGAGGAUAUGGUGUACCUAGCCCUGACUGGUGUACAGCAGCAGAUUGUGUACGACAUGAACUCAACCGCUGUGAUUACGGACAACAUUGCUAACAACUUUGACGCGCGUGUGUUUAGGGACUUGAAGUCUGUGCUCAAUACUCAGUUCUACAUCCAAGCCGGUUUUUUUCUGAUGCUACCGCUGAUGUGUGUGUACUUUGGCGAAGGUGGUUUUGUUCGUGGCUUGACGCGUUUUUUCGAUAUGAUCAUUACGCUUGGUCCUGCGUUUUUCGUGUUCCAAGUGGUUUUUGGCAACUUUUAUAUCUGUCAGACGGAUGCAUCCGCAAACGAUAAUACUUUUGCGUCCGAUUAUUGUGAUACUGCUCAGGCCUACGGUGUACAGACGUUUUCAGUGUGGUUUAUUUCCAUUCUGUGGGUAAUUGGUCCGUUCCUAUUCAACAGUGAUGGUCUUGAUUUGAAGAAGACUAAAGUAGAUAUCCGGCAGUGGUGCAUGUGGAUGUUUGCCGAGGAGGACUACAAAGACGACGAUCCGGCCAACAAGGGUGGCUGGAUAGGCUGGUGGAAGGGAGAUUUGGAGCAGUUUCAUAGUUCAAACAUGAUUGCGCGUGUUACCGUCGUCCUUCGUGAAUGCCGGCACUUUUUGUUAAUGUUUUACGUGGCCACACUUGAAACUUCCGAUGUGAUGUACGUUGCAUAUUCGUUCGGCGCGGCUAUAGCGACCGUUGCCUUCUUGGGCGUUUUCCAUUGUCUAGGCAUGGGCAUGCGGUCUAUGAGCCCGGUCACUCGCGCACUACUCUACUUUGUCACUUUGGUCAUCGUGAACACCGUAUACUUUCUUGCCACGUGGAUCAUUGCAGACUGGACCUUUCAAUACUCUAUUUCGCUCUGGUUUGCAUAUGUGGCUGCUCUUUACGGCAUCAACGAAUGCUUCCGCAUGUGGAGUUUCCCGCACUCUUCAAUUGCUGGCAUACCGGUGUUCCAACAGCUCCAGUUUCUAUUUGACUUCAUUUUUUGCACGGGUAUGAUCAUUCCGCUGGUGGUCAUGUCGUUCAUUCCGUUCUUGAACAUUAUUCAGACGCGCAUGAUGUACAAUGAAGGUUUCUCGAAGGUUAUGUCCGCAUCGUCGCAGUACGCCUUCUCGCUGGCGGCUUUUAUGGGUGUUUUGGGCGGCAUUGGCGUCGGCUGGCUCUUCAACUUGCUGUCGACGCUAGAGCAGUCGGCCAGCUUUGCAAGUUAUGUGGUUACGUACGAUGACGUGUUCGAUGGCAACGUCGGCGACGGCACGACUACUUACCUGCUGUACGUCUCGUGUGUAGUGGGGACGAUCAUCGCUGGUUUCUUGAAUAUCUUUCUUGGUCGUCGUCUGGCCAUUGUUGCUGGUGGUCUCUUUAGCACGCUAGGUAUGGUAGCUGUGAGUGCGAACGAUGACCUUCGUGCGACUUUGCUGAUGCCUGGUAUCGGCUUGCUUGGCGCUGCAUGCGGUAUUCUGCUACCGUCUUUGGCUAUUUACAUCUACGAGAUUUCCACGAAAGAAAUGCGUGGCAAGGCCAUGUUGCUGCUGGGUCUGGGGUUUGUUUCUGGUAGCAUGUUGAGCGGCAUUUUCGCAACCGUGAACCAGUUGGGAUGGAUCUGGCAAACGUUUGCGGCUUGCGUUGUCAUUGCGUUGGUCACGCCAGUAGUAAACGUGUUUUCUGAAAGUCCAUACUGGGUGCUUGAUCGCAAAGGCUGGGACGCAUGCGAAGCUUGUCUGGUGAUUCUGCGACGCAAGCCUGAUGUGCAAGAGGAGCUCAAGAUCAUGCGCGAAGAGGAGACGCCUGAUGAGGGUGGUGCCGGCGCGUUCAAGUUCUUGAUUGGUUUGUUCCUGAUGCUUGUAUCAUCUCUGACCACAGGCUUUCUCAACGCCUUUGUCAGCUACAAGGGAGCUAGUCAGUACACUGAUCAAGACCAGUUGUACGUGAAUGCCACGGCAUUGCAGACGGCGGGUGUCGUGAUUGCCUUUUUUUUCAUUGACAAGCUGGACCACAAGUCUAUUUUGUUUGGAACGCUCAUUCCAGUGGGCAUUUGCGCGGGUGUGUUGGGUUUUAACGAGACAUCCAAUUUUCUCGGCGACCCUGACGGUUCAGGCUUGUACAUCAGUCUGGUCAUUAUGCUCAUGUACUUUUUCAUGGGACUGGGCACGAGUUCUGCACUGUGGUCGGCCUGCGUCGGCAUGUUUAACACGCGCGGUCGUGCCUCGACAACAACGGUUUUGUUUUCCAUCUUUUACUUGGCGAACUUUGGUUACGCCUACAUGCACGCUCACGACUCGCUCACGACGAAAGAGCACCUGUAUUUGUACGCAAUUGCAAUUUUCAGCGUCGUUUCGCUAGUGCUAUUGUUAAAUGCGGGUACGUUCAAGAACGGCGUCAUUUGCACAAAGAUGGAAGCUCAGCGUGAGCGUGAUUGUAUCGCUCGUAUGCGUGCCGGACGUGCAAGUCGUAACACGCGGACUCCCGGAACUGCUCGUCAGCGGAAUCUCAGCCGCGUGCGCUCCAAGUCCAAUGCAGGAGGUAACCAGCGAAGCAACGCAACGUCUGGUGGCUACCAGACAUACGAAACACCACAUGCCGCGCCGCCACUCAUACACGCGCGCGCCUAG